AUGUCUCGAAGUGAUAAUCCAAGUCUCGGGGAAACGGAUCCCGAAGGCAUCCGCAGCGCGGAGCAAGACGAGGUCCAAAGAAGCAGGGACAUCUGCGGGGCCCUUAGCAAAGCGGAUUUUGAGCUUCGCAAAGCCGAAGACCUCUACUAUGCCUACAAAGAUUUGGGGCUCUCGUAUGCGACCAUGCGUACGUCGGAUGUCAAGAAGGAGUUUGAGUUCGCCAAAGAUUAUAUGUAUCUUCUUAUUCAAAAGCUCUUUGGGAAUUCGGAGAGGGGUUGA